AGCCUCUGUGUGGCUCAGAUGCCUUGUGCUAUGGCUUCCACUUGGGAACUCAGAGCAUCCUCUUUCUCUAUACUGCGAGGGUGGAGGCAGUGGCUUAGCUGCCUGUCUCUUUAAGAGACAGAGAGAAAGAACGAAAUCAGGAAGUGUGAGAGAGCUGCUAGCCUGCUGAAAGGGAGUUGAGUUUUCACAGGGAGGCAGGGAGGCGACCCUCAGCUCGAAGCUCUCCCAGCAACUCCGCUGGCACUCAGCCACUUCCACCGGCCCAGUCUUUGAGUCCCUGGAGCCCGUGACCAUCAGGAUGCUGUGGGCACUGCCCAUGGAUGACAGCAAGCCCUGAAAGCUCUGGGAGUGCCACCCAGCCCCACAAGCCUGCAUGCCCCACAGCUGAAAUGGGCUCAGCUCCUGGACUUGCCACAGACAGAAAGCACAACACACACUUGACAGGGAGAAGCUUUGCCUGAUCCCAGGCUGCUCAGAGCACAGGCCCCUCUUCCUCUAGAAUGGCCACAUGGAGCCCUUCAUGGGAUGGUCUUGUGCACAGCUUCUGGUCAGGCCACCAGUGUCCAUCCCACGCCAGUGAUGGAAUCCUGGACCCCAGUGUGUGCUUCUUGUAGGCAGAAGGUAUCGAGCCAGCCAAGGGCAGGAGAUGCAGAGCACCGUCAAUUACCUGUGGCACACAGACGACCUGCUGGGGCAGGGGGCCACUGCCAGCGUAUACAAGGCCCGGAACAAGAAAUCCGGGGAGCUGGUUGCUGUGAAGGUCUUCAACACCGCCAGCUACCUGCGACCCCGCGAGGUGCAGGUGAGGGAGUUUGAGGUCCUGCGCAAGCUCAACCACCAGAACAUCGUCAAACUCUUUGCGGUGGAGGAGACGGGGACCAGCCGGCAGAAGGUGUUGGUGAUGGAAUACUGCUCUAGUGGGAGCCUGCUGAGCGUGCUCGAGAGCCCCGAGAACGCCUUCGGGCUGCCAGAGGAUGAGUUCCUGGUGGUGCUGCGCUGUGUGGUGGCCGGCAUGAACCACCUGCGAGAGAACAGCAUCGUGCACCGGGACAUCAAGCCGGGGAACAUCAUGCGCCUGGUGGGGGAGGAGGGGCAGAGCAUCUACAAGCUGACGGACUUUGGAGCCGCUCGGGAGCUGGAUGACGAUGAGAAGUUCAUCUCUGUCUAUGGGACGGAGGAGUACCUGCACCCUGACAUGUAUGAGCGGGCGGUGCUUCGUAAGCCCCAGCAGAAGGCAUUCGGGGUGACCGUGGAUCUCUGGAGCAUUGGGGUCACCCUGUACCAUGCAGCCACCGGCAGCCUUCCCUUCGUCCCCUUUGGUGGGCCACGGCGCAACAAGGAGAUCAUGCACCGGAUCACCACAGAGAAGCCAGCCGGGGCCAUUGCAGGCACUCAGAAGCGGGAGAACGGGCCCCUGGAGUGGAGCUAUGCCCUCCCCAUCACCUGCCAGCUGUCGAUGGGGCUGCAGAGCCAGCUGGUGCCCAUCCUGGCCAACAUCCUGGAGGUGGAGCAGGCCAAGUGCUGGGGCUUCGACCAGUUCUUUGCAGAGACCAGUGACAUCCUGCAGCGAGUGGUCAUCCAUGUCUUCUCGCUGCCCCAGGCGGUCCUGCACCAUGUCUAUAUCCACGCCCACAACACGAUAGCCAUCUUCCUGGAGGCUGUGUACAAGCAGACCAACAUGGCCCCCCAGCACCAAGAGUACCUCUUCGAGGGUCACCUCUGUGUCCUCGAACCCAGCCUUUCAGCACAGCACAUCGCACACACGACAACAAGCAGCCCUCUGACGCUAUUCAGCGUGGCCAGCGAGACUCCCAAGGGCCUGGCCUUCAGGGACCCUGCUCUGGACAUCCCCAAGUUCAUGCCCAAAGUGGACCUGCAGGCAGAUUACAACACCGCCAAGGGUGUGUUGGGUGCCGGCUACCAGGCCCUGCGGCUGGCACGGGUUCUGCUGGCUGGGCAGGAGUUGAUGCUUCGGGGGCUGCACUGGUUCCUGGAGACGCUCCAGGCCACGUGCAGGCGGACGCUGGAGGUCACGCAGAUGGCUCUCCUCUUCCUCAGCAACAGCCUGGGCACCGAGAGGUUCAAUGACAUGGCUAGGAUGCCCGAAAUCCAAGAACUGAAGAGGGCCACAGAGCUGAGGUCCAAGCUGCGGGCUGAGGCUGAGGUCCUCUCCAGAUUUCCUCAUAGUAUCACAGAGAUCCAGGCGAGCCUGGGCAGCCUGAGCUCAGAGCUGGCGAAGAACCGGGAUCAGGUACAUGAGGACAGAAGCAUCCAGCAGAUUCAGUGUUGUCUGGACAAGAUGUACCUCAUCUACAAACAGUUCAAGAAAUCCAGGAUGAGGCCAGGGCUCGGCUACAACGAGGAGCAGAUUCACAAACUGGAUAAGGUGAAUUUUAGUCAUUUAGCCAAAAGGCUCCUGCAGGUGUUUCAGGAGGAGUGUGUGCAGAAGUAUCAGACAUCCCUAGUCACGCAUGGCAAUUGGAUGAGGUCGUUGCACGAAGCCAGGAAUCGCCUGCGUCUGAUCGGCUGCUCCGUGGCUGCCUGCAGCACAGAAGCCCAGGGAGUCCAGGAGAACCUCAGCAAGAUCCUUGACCAGCUGUCUCACCAGCUUCUUCAGGACAGAACAAAGGGGGCUCAGGCCUCACCACCCCCCAUAUCUCCUUAUUCCAGCUCUGCACUAAAGGACCUGGGUCUCCACAUGGAAGAGCUCUGUGAGGAGAUGAAGCUGCUUGCCUUUGACCUCCAGGAUAACAACCGCAUCAUUGAAGGAUUGAGUAGGGUCCAGUCGGCUCCUGAUGUCUGAGCUCCGUGGGGUGCACGAGGUGUCCUGAAGCAUUAGAAUCAUUCAAACACUGUGCUCCUGCCUGCACUGUGGGACCCAACACAAGACGAUACAUGGUCCCAUCUCAUCAGCCUACCUCCCUCCCGGCUGACAGCUGGGAGAUGUCACCAGCAUUACCUUGCACUGCCUUUCUGCGGGAAGCAGCAGGCAGCACCUGGGAGACCAGACAAUCGCUGUAAGGACCCCACUGCCUGUGCUGGCCUUCGUAUCUUAUGCAGGCUCAGGCACAGCUGCUCCAUCGCCCUGGCAUGUACGGCUGACCCCGGCCAGGCCCUGGGGAGAAGAGGUUCCAAUAGCCUGCCAGCCACCCUCCUGAGCUUCAUUCCUCAGGGAACAAAAGAGGAGGCCUCCCUCCUGGGGGUUCCCCAGGGUGCUGAGUCAAACAACCUAAUCUCAGUCUUCCUUCCUCUUAAGGUGUUUCUCAUCAAACAUACAACCCUCACCUCUCUCUUCUGAUUUCUGAGGGGCACCACACUCGGCCGCAGGCCUCACAGAGCCUGAAUUUCCUUCUGCUUUUGGUCUGGCUGAGCCUAAGGUUGAGAGGAUGGGUGGUGAAGGCCGAAUGCCACUGUCCAGGGACUCUUUUCCUCUUCUCUCCCUCUGAGACAUCACCAGGUUCUGGGAUGUGCAGCCAGCUGGGGUCAGUAGUAGCCGUGCAAUCAGCACAGGUCUGUAAGUCCAGAGCCCUGAGGAGAUAAAAGGCCUGCACCUUGAAGAAGUGGAAUAAACGUGGGCUUCUUUUCUAUUUCUGAGUGGCUCUUGCUGGGCUGUGUGUGUCGCAGGGGAAGGAUCUCGACUGGGUGUGCUUGGCAUCCCAACAGGCCCAGGGUUGGGAUCUAUGAGAAGAAUUGGGAAAUGAAGCUGGGACUGGUCACUUCCUUAUUCCUGCCUUUCCUCUAAAUGGGCCCUAAUUUAAAGGAAGAGCUCAAG